CAUAAUCUCCAGCUAAUCUUUACUCAUAUAUCAUACAUACAACAUUAAGUAUAAGGUUUCUUGCAUCAAUCUCCUUUAUUCAGAUUCUCACGUUGGACUUCUCUUUUUUUUUGCUGUUUUGAUACAUUCUCUAUGUUUGUACAAACUCCUUAUAAAAGGGUUUCCUGUUUUUCCAUUAAAAUUAUCAGCCAUCUCUAAUCUGAUAUAUAGUAAUUUACUAGAUUGACAAAGAUGGCUAAGAACAUUGGCAUUCUUGUUUGCCUUCUUCUUGUGAUUUUAGAUGUUGCGGCUGGUAUACUAGGAAUUCAAGCUGAGGUAGAACAAAAUAAGGUUCAAGAAUUGAAGGUGUGGAUUUUUGAAUGUAGAGAUCCAAGCUAUGAAGCUUUUAAGCUAGGAUUGGCUGCAACAGUACUUUUGGUUCUGGCACAAGUUAUUUCUAAUCUGCUUGCUGGUUGUAUUUGCAUCCAGUCUAAGGAAGAGCUGGAUAAGGCCUCUUCUAACAAGCAACUUGCUUUUGCUUCCUUUGUAUUCCAAUGGAUUAUAAUGGGCAUUGCAUUCACAUUGCUGGUAGCUGGAACAUUGUCAAAUGGGAAGGCAAGAAAAUCUUGUGGCAUAUCGCACCAUCGUUUCUUGUCGAUAGGAGGGAUAUUGUGCUUUAUCCAUGGACUUUUCUCAGUUUCUUACUACAUCUCUGCCACUGCCACCAUCCAAGAAGAUAAGAAACUGAAUCAACCUGGAAGCCAUGCAUGAGUACCAAAAAUAUGCAACCCUCCGCUAACGAGAAUUAGAUUAACUCAGUACUCCAUACGAGAGAAAUGAAAGCAGAAUAUGUAUGGAGAACUCAUCGUAACCAAGUUCCAUAUAUUCCUUUUUAAAAAUUCUGAAUAUUUCAUGUAAUAUUUCUUGAAUUUUAUGCUGUUUGUAACUUUUUCUAGGCUCUAAUGUAACUUUUACUGGAUUGCUGAAUUAAACUUUCCUACAUAUUCAUUGUGAA